UAGUCACUAUUUACACAUGCCCAAGAUGAAUCAUAUUUACCAACAACUCCAAACCAAGCAAAGCAAUAGAAUAGAAUAGUCACUAUUUUCUAGUAUAAAUAUACCACAGUUAACAUCCCCAUUUCGAUCAUCUCAAUCAAAGUAACAAAAUAAGAUCGAAUUUGGAGUUUAACAUCAAAUUUCAGAAGAAGAAUUAUAUCAACCAUGGUGACGAUUGUAAAACAAGAGUUCACUUUCCAUCAAGAAUCUCGACCAUUCAACAAUUGCCACGUUUCCACUAUUCUUGAGGUCAACAAAGGUGAAUUAUUGGCUGCUUAUUGGGGCGGCUCAAAGGAGGGAGCCUCGGAUGUCAAGAUUUAUACACAACGACUCAUCCAUGGUUCAUGGAGCUCUCCCAUUGCUGUAGACGGAGAACCUAGUGCUACUGUAUGGAGUCCUGUACUAUGUAAAUCACAUAAUCAAGUCCUUCUUUUUUACAGAGUCGGACCAACAUUUCAAACUUGGACCGGAUGUAUGAAGCGUUCAUUUGAUGACGGUUUAACUUGGAAAGAACGAGAACUUCUUCCUGCUGGCAUCAUUGGACCUGUCAAAAAUAAGCCUCUGUUAUUGAGAAACGGAGACUUGUUAUGUGGCUCUUCUAUGCAAAGUUGGAACGCUUCAGCAUGUUGGAUGGAGGUGACUCCGGAUUUAGGUAAAACAUGGACAAAAUAUGGCCCUAUAACGGUGCCAAAACACUCUACGAGUGUGCUUCAACCAGUACCUUACUACACGAAAAGGGGCCAUUUACGCGUUCUAAUGAAAGCCCACCAUGAAAUUGGUCGGAUUUGCAUGUCUGAGUCGCGAGAUGGUGGAUGUACUUGGAGCAAUGCUGUGCCCACUCAACUCCCAAAUCCCGAUUCAGCAAUUGAUGCUGUGAAGUUGUUUGAUGGCCGCCUCGUGUUGGUUUACAACCCUACUUCUAGGGAAGUUUUGAAGGUUGGAGUCUCCCAUGACGAUGGUGAUUCGUGGACAGAUGUUUUGACACUUGAGAACACUAAAGGAAUGGAAUUCUCAUACCCUGCCAUUAUUCAAGCCAGUAAUAGAUUAAUUCACAUCACUUACACUUACAACAGGACACAAAUCAAGCAUGUUGUACUUCAACCUUCACGGUAUCAGGAUGCUGCAAAUAACUGUCACACGAGUCCUGGAGGGCAUAGGGAUAAUGGGCAUAAUCACCAUAACCAUCACUGCUAAAUCAUCUUCGAAAGUAUAAAACAUUCGUCUAUUUCGUAUUGGUUUAUACUUCGUAGUACCUCCGGCCCAGAAAUAUUUACACGAUUUCCGCCUUAGGUCAUCCAAAGAAGUGUGUUAUCUUUGGGUGAGCUAUAUAUGUAACUUUGCUUGAACCGUUCUUGCUUCUUUUUCUUUUUAUGUUCCAGUAAACAUCCCCUACAAAUCCGUACUCCCCAUUUCCAAUGACAUUUUAUAUGAUACUAUGUAUUCCAUAACAUUUUUUAAAAUAAUUUGCAACUUAUUAAUAUGGUCGAAAUGGA